AUAGAAACCGUUUCGUGUAGUCCAUAUAAGGUAGAAGCUACGUUUAAACAGUUGAGUAAGCGUAGAGAUACUGAAAAAGCAGGCGGAAAAGUGAACACAACACGUAAUAAUGGAUUCAGCAGCAAUAACAAAACAGGAAGCUUUAGAGAUUCCGGAGAAGUCAAAAACCGAUUCUUCUGGGCCAGAUUCUGAGAUAGAAGACAAUGCACCAGCGAUAGAGACAUUCGAUUUUGUAUACCUGACAAACGAAGAAACCAUCAAUUAUCUUAAUCAACACGGAAGAUUGGCUUUUGUCAUUAGAGGCCCACCCGGUUCGGGUAAGAAAACACUUACGGAUGUGAUCACGAAUAAAUAUCCUAGUGCUAAAGUGUGUUCGGCAGAUUCUUACUUUGAUACUGACGAAUCAUCCGAUACUACACCAUCUUCUUCCUGUAAUCGAACCCAGAUGAAGUUAAGAAAAUCUCACGAAUGGUGCGAAAAGAGGUUAGAAGAAUACUGUGGUGAAAACACCUCAAUUCUUGUCAUAAAAAAUUCCCAUUUUCGUAAAUGGGAGUUGGAGCCUUAUAUGGAUAUAUUAAGAAGACAUCAUUAUACUGUAAUUUUAGUGGAAACACCAAGAAAAUGUAAACUCGUUGCAAAGGAUCUUCAGCGAGCAAAUUCGAGAAAAUUGCGGGAGAAAUAUUACAAAGACAGAUCAUUAGGAUGGGAAGAAGUGGUACCUUGGUUCACCGGAUGGUUUUUAAGUCCCUCCGACGGUCAUUGGAUUUUUAAGAAAGCUCAAGACAUACUUUCUAUUCUUUUCAACGACGAAGAUAUAAAGAAGUUAUACGAAGACAUUGAUGGAAUGAAAGAGAAAUUCUGUCAAGAAAGCGUGAUAUUCUGUAUGUCAACAUUUUGCUGCGCUGGAAUAACAGAUGAGGGUAGAGCCGCUUAUCUUGUUGAUAAAGUGCAAGAAAUCUGUGGUAAAAUGUUCGAAUUGCACGUUACAAAAUUCAUUGUGCAUAAGGACACGUUGAUGGCAGCUGUUCAAUUAACAGAAGAACAACACGAGAUCAUCCUUUAUAAAGAUAACAUCGAUUCGCUUCCUUGUAAAACUAAACAGAAAAAACCCUUGGAAGAAGCCAUGAGAAACAUGAAAAUUCGAGAGUACUACACAACACGUAACGAUAAUGUCUGUCGCGUGGACGAAGAGAGUUCAAAGUUCACUUUCGAAAUUGCUGACAGACCGAAACUCGAACAGGACAAGAUCAAUUAUGCUUUAAUGUUGUUAGGGCGUGCAAACGACGAUCGGUCAUCAAAGAUGUUUUCUGUGUUGACAGAUCCUGUCGAGUUAGAGUUCAUCAUGGCCCUAUUGACUCGCGUUCAAGUGAAGAAGCAGAAGCAAUUUCGUUCCAAUCGGAAUUUGAAUACGUGGCGCAGUAAACACCCAGUACUGUACAUGUUUGGAAAAUAA